CGAAGAAGAACCAGAAGGCGCCUUCAAAGUACGCACGCGCUUCUUAUUUUUUCGUUGGUGGAGUUGUCCCCCCCAAAAAUUUCUUGCUGAGUGAGUUUAGGUUUAUGGCCAGAUACAUGAGGCCUCCAAACACGUCUUUGUUUGUUAGGAACAUCGCCGAUGAAUCCAGGUGAGUCCACAUUCAGGCCUGAGGAUUUGCGGCGUGAGUUUGGCCGCUAUGGGCCGAUAGUAGAUGUCUACAUCCCACUUGACUUCUAUACACGACAGCCAAGAGGAUUUGCAUACAUUCAGUUUGAGGAUGUGCGUGAUGCAGAAGAUGCUCUUCACAGCCUGGACAGGAAGUGGGUUUGUGGCCGGCAGAUUGAAAUCCAGUUUGCCCAGGGAGACAGAAAGACACCAAAUCAGAUGAAAGCCAAGGAAAGGCGUUCUCCAGGCAGAUCCUCUCGCUACGAUGACUACGAUCGAGACAGUCGGCGCAGACGUUCACGCAGCCGCAGCUAUGAGAGAUACAGAUCGCGCAGUCCUUCGUAUGAUCACCGGCGCAGACGAUCUGAGAGUCCUCGAGACUCUCGUGGACGAAUGUCUGCAAGAAGAAGGAGCAGGAGCCGUGAGGAUGAACGACACAGGCAGAGGACUCGGAGAGAGUCCAGAGGGAGAUCUCGAUCACACUCCAGAUCUGCAACCCCACGAGAGGACGUCAACCAGGCUGCAUCUUCCCAUUACCCUGAGGAAGAGGUGCGACGGACACGCACCCCGUCCCGCUCCAGAUCCCGGUCGGUAUCGAGAUCACACUCUCGUUCACGUUCUCGCUCCCGAUCCUGGGCCGGACGCAAGUCAGGAGGACGCUAGAAAUAAUCCUUUGUCUAACCUUCAUUCAGUCAUAUGGACUCAAGUCGGUCAUUUGUCGAGGGAAGAUUUGUUUGUUUUGACAUGAAUGUAACGUAGAGACCUUGUUUUUGUGGCUCUGUUUCAAGAACAGCACUGGGCCUUGGUUUUUUAAAAUUUUGUUUUGGUAAUAUUUCUUCCUGACAGUAAUAUAACACAGUCAGCAGUUUCUAUGUCCAAUGGUAAUUGGCCAGGAAUAAUGUUUUUUUAUAUAUAUAUAUACAGUUAUUGAUCAUUUUGUUUUCUAAAGCUUAUGCACCAUUUUUCGCAAGAAAGUACAUUCAGUAUUUUAAAAAGAAAUCCAGUCCAUUAAUGAAGCAAACCAGCAUUUGUUUUAUCGCUUUAUAACAUAUAUCAUACUUGCAUUACUGCUGACUAUUAUCUACAGCUGAAGUGUAGAUUCUCCUUGUUUUUCACUCUCCUGGCAGCAUCAGUAUAUGUUUAUUGCUCAGUGAGUCUGAACUUUUAAACCUGCUUGAGAUUGAAAAUUCAUCACUUUGAACAUUAUUGAAAUCAAUUUUUGUCAGUUACAGACUGAAUUGAGACUCGUGGAAUUAUCCUGCAGUAAUAACAUGGUUGAGGAAGACAAAAGCAGAUGUGAUGUUCACUGUGAGUUGAGCUUCAAGGUCUUGAUUUUUAUAUUUUAAAGCCACUGGCUGCCUGGAAGAAACAAACAAAUGUAAAGACUGGUCUGUGUCAGUUAUGCCAAGUAUAGAUGUGCAGGUUAAAAUACAUGGAACUGCUGCUGUGGUCCUUAAAGUGUUAAACAUUUAUCAGCCAGUGACUUUAACCAAAUAUAGUUUAAUUAGUUUUAAUUUUGUGGUGUUUUUCUGUAGGAGUAGACAUUGCAAAAGGUAUUUCACAUGUCUCCAAAUAUUGGUUAUGAAUAGAGGAGCAAAAGUUUCUCAUUGGUGUUUACACGACCGCGUGUCAACGGUUUUUUCUAAAUGAAUCUAGCCACUGCAUGUUUUAUCCUCCUAAUCUUCUAUCUUUAGUAGGGAGAAACUGUUAUUUUGAGUAAUAAAUUGAUAACAUUCAGCAUAAGGAAACGAAGUAUGGCCUCAGUUUGUCAACUCUGAUUGUAGGUAUUGAACAAUGCAAUCAGUUCAGGUUUGUCUGUGGAGCCUAAUGUCAAACAGUGUCUCAUGCCCCUUUUCCAUCGCCAGGUACCGGUUCAACUCAACUACACUCGGCUGACUUUUGGUACCAGGGGCUUCGUUUUCUGCUGCAGAUAGCCGCCCCCUGCAGUGUAGCUGGUUGUCACAGCGGUGCCACAUGAAACUUCCUUGAAGCCACUGGCCUGCAGUGGUGGCAGGGCAGGCAGGCUCAGAGCUGUUAUCAUUUUCAUCCUAGGACUGUUAUUAUGCCAUUUUAUUAAGUUUUGAUAGUUUUUCGGGCAAGAAAAUAACCAUGUAGUCCUCGAAUAUGUGGUCAAUCUAUCCAAGUAAUGCCAAUUACAGAUUUGCUCCUAUGUUUUCAGAUGACCUGUGAUGACCUGCUACCAUGCCAGGUCCACUUAGCAGUCAUAGCUGUAGCCAUUGUGCUCAUGUUAUCACAUUCAGUAAUCUAUGGGCUAUGUGAUAAGAUGCACGAUGUGGUGAUUAAUAGUUAUGUUAUAUACUAACCCAGGCUCAAGCGUGUCA